GACAGCACCGACAUCGCAGACACACCACCAGCACAAACGUUGCAAGGUCACCUAGGGUGAUUGCAUGGACCCAAAUGCCGUCGAGUAUGGCUCAUUAACAACCUAUCUACUUGCACUCAACACGGCCAUCUACCAAAAGCAAGGCCUGCGACUGGAAUGUCUCCUUUCCUUGACUGAUCGACAAAAGAACCCGUUCCUCCAUCGGCUGAUUGACGCAAAGAUCCUUCGAUACACGACUGACUUGCGCGAAGAGCAGGAGAUUGCAGUGAGCACCUUGUUCACCUGGACAGAGACUGUUCAGGGAUUUUGGCGGACUGCGAAAUGCCUUGCCGAUGCGACGCAUGCGGUUGAGGCCUUUGAGCAGGCGAGUGGACUGAUGCAAGCCAUCAUUCGCGCAUUCAAUGAGUGGGAGGCAUGGCAGCUACCUGUCUUAUUUGGUGCAUGUCGGGACAUUCGCGUCCUUGCUAUGCGUGCCGAUGCCUACUGCAGAACACAAGGCAACCAAGAAGAACACCUGGAGGAAGCUGCUCGACUCAUCAACAAGGCCUUCACCAUCUGUAUCAAUGAUCGCGCACCCAUGGCGCAGUCUAGGAAAUGGGGCACGUAUGCCGUGCUUGGUAUCCUCUUCAAGACUUACUUCAAGCUCAACAACCUGAGUCUCACCAAGAAUGUACUGCGCGCCGUCGAGGUGAGCGAGCUGCCUUCCUUGCAGUAUUUCCCCAAAGCGCACCUCGUGACGUGGCAGUACUACCUUGGUGUCUCGCUCUUUAUGAAUGGCGACUAUCCAAGUGCUCAAGUGGAGCUGCAACGGGCGCUCCAGGCCUGUACAGCGAGAGCGCCCAAGAAUGUUGAACUAAUCUUUAGCUAUUUGAUUCCAGCGACCCUUAUGACUUCACGACACUUACCCUCUGUUCAGCUCCUUCGCAAGUUCCCGACUCUUUCGACAUUGUUCCUUCCAGUGAUUGCGGCGAUUCGAGCAGGCAACCCAGCAGCCUUUGACGUAGCACUGCGGAAGCAAGAAACGCAACUGAUUGGCAGACGACUCUAUCUGACACUCGAGCGAUGUCGACCACUUUGCCUACGAACACUAGCGAGAAAAGUUUACCUACAGCGAGAUCGACAAACGCGUAUUCAAGUGGCCAUGUUUACCACGGCCCUCAACUUGGGCUAUCAACUUGAACGCACACAGAACGCACGACAGCGUGCAAAACUUGUUGCAAAGCUGGAUGGCGACAAGAAGAGCAAAGCAGAGUCGCCCAAGGCUCUGAUGGAUCGACUGACGGAUGUCUUUGCGAAAGAGAUUAAUGCAGAGCCGUUGCCGUUUGAUGAUGAAGAGGCCGAGUGCAUUCUGGCUAACUUGAUUGCUGGUGGGUUCAUGAAGGGCUACAUCUCGCGUGAGAGGAGCAUGGUUGUGCUGUCCGCCAAAGACCCUUUCCCCAAGAUAUGCCGGUAAGUCUGUUGCUUUGACGCAUUUCUUUUCUUCCUUGGCAUAAAUAGAAUCAAUUGUUGGUCGAGAAGCGGUAUGCACAGCGUGGGCACUCGUAGAAGACUGUAGAUCCCUCAUCCGCCGACCGCAGCUGUAGUGUGAAGAAGGUCAU